AUGGAACCAGAUUGGGAAAAUUUAGAAGCACUUGCACUAGGUUUAAUUCUUGACAAGUUAGAAGAACGAAUAGAUCAUGUUUGGUUCGGUGCCGUGUGCAAGAACUGGCGAUCAAUUGCAAAGUUUAACCAUCAAAAUCAGCAGUUCAGAACUCAUGUACUACCCAUGCUAAUGAUCCCAAGAACAAACAUAUGUUUGUAUAGCAUUCCAGCCAAGAGAAUGUAUGCAUUUAAAUUUCCAAUUAUUAACUACAAAAUUACUUGUUGCGGAAAUAGUCAUGGAUGGCUUGCAUUAGAAGAUAGAAAUCAUGUCGUAACUAUAUUGAAUCCUUUUAAGAAUGUUGCUCAUAUUAGUCUUCCACCCCUCAAUAAUGCUUAUAAAAGUUCUUGCUAUGUUGUGAAAAAGGUUACUCUUUCUGCUGACCCUAUAAUAAGACCAAAUGAUUACGUGGUUCUAGCAAUCCACAAAUCUUCUAGUCUUGCUUUUAUAAAAGCAGGCCAAACAUGUUGGACUUAUUAUAUAAGAAACUGUUUAUUCUUUAUGGAUGUUAUGUUCUACAAAGAUUUAGUAUAUGGUGUAAGUCACUGUCGCGGUAUAGUGUCCUUCAAUCUUGAUUUAGACGACCCUUAUGGCGUGACGAUAAUUCCAACCAACAACGUUGUUUUUCAUGGAACCUUUAAAGGUUAUCUUGUGAAGUCAUUAGAGGGAGACUUGUGGCUGGUGAAAAGGGAUUUGAGUUUUGAGUACAACAAUUAUUAUACCAUAUGUUUUCAAGUGUGCAAGUUGGAAUUUGAUGCUCAAAGUGGAAAAGUUAAGCAAAUGGUAAAACUUGAGAGUCUUGGAGAUAAUGUUUUGUUUGUGGGAGAGAAUACAUGA